AUGUCCAAUCCCUCAAAUUCCAACACAGACCCGGAGGAUUCCAGACAACCCACUCCCCUGCGCCGGGAACGGGCCCCGACCAUCACCAUCGACACCUCCGCAGUAACCCCAGACAGCCCUCAACCUCCGCAAGUUCAACCAGCUGCUCCUCAGCCGUCCUUGCGAGUGUCGACAGGUAAUGGUGAUAAUUCCGACACCAGUGCGCUUUUGAACAACGGCAGCGUUUCUCCGUCGGAUGGCCGCUCGCCAUCAUCCAUUCGCUCGUUUACCUCGUCCGAAGCGCGAGAGCACGAUAGCCGUCCAACGUCUCCACACAACUUCUCCUCGCCAGCCUCCAAGAUGACGGAAAGCAUGCAGCACUCCAAUUAUCUGGCUGUCCCCGGUACCAGAUCCCGCGGCAACUCCAUCGAGUCUGAGGACACCAGUCCCUCUGCCAGCUCGUACGGUGGGGAUACCUUUGUCCCUGAUCGAUCCCAGAACUCCCGCUCCGAUUUGACCAAGGAUACCCUCGAGAACGAUGAAGACGCCCUCAAGCCUGAACCCGGCCACGAAGGUGAAUUCGAAGUGGACGACAACAGCUUUGCGUUCUCGCCAGGCCAGCUGAACAAGCUGCUGAACCCCAAGAACCUUGGCGCUUUUCACGCUGUGGGUGGGUUGCGUGGUCUUGAAAAGGGUUUGCGCACUGACCUCGUUAGCGGCCUGAGUGUUGACGAGACAAUCCUGGAAGGGACGGUGAAUUUCGAAGAGGCGACGGCUGCGGCGGCCGCUGAAACUCCAACAUCAUUGCCCAAAUCUGGUGCUCAAAUCCGGCAGCAGCAGGUUUCUAGACCCGGGUCAUCCAAGUCAAGAGACGAGUCCUACGCAGAGCGUAAGCGCGUCUACGGGCCCAACAGACUCCCCGAAAGAAAAGCGAAGAGUAUCUUUGAACUGGCGUGGAUUGCAUAUAAUGAUAAGGUUUUGAUUCUGCUAACUAUUGCUGCUAUCAUUUCGCUUGCACUGGGUAUUUACCAGUCUGUGACUGCUACCGACGGUGAGGCACGAGUACAAUGGGUCGAGGGUGUGGCCAUCAUCGUCGCCAUUCUGAUCGUGGUUAUCGUUGGUGCGGCCAAUGACUGGCAGAAGGAGCGCCAAUUUGUGAAAUUGAACAAGAAAAAGGAAGAUCGCUAUGUCAAAGUGAGCCGGUCUGGAAAGACGGUGGAGAUCUCCAUCUUCGACGUCCAGGUGGGUGAGGUUAUGCACCUAGAGCCCGGUGACUUGAUUCCCGUUGAUGGCAUCUUUAUCAGUGGUCACAAUGUCAAGUGCGACGAGUCGUCUGCAACAGGUGAAUCCGACUUACUGCACAAGACCAGUGGUAACGAUGUCUACCGUGCUAUUGAGGAGAAUGAGAGUCUCAAGAAGAUGGAUCCGUUCAUCAUCUCUGGUUCCAAGGUGUCUGAGGGUGUUGGUACUUUCCUCGUGACUGCUGUUGGUGUUCACUCGAGCUAUGGAAAGACGAUGAUGUCCCUCCAAGACGAAGGUCAGACCACGCCUUUGCAAUCUAAGCUUAACGUGCUUGCGGAAUACAUCGCCAAACUCGGUCUGGCAUCGGGUUUGUUGUUGUUCGUCGUCCUUUUCAUCAAGUUCCUUGCUCAGUUAAAGGACAUUCGAGGCGCCGACCACAAGGGUCAAGCCUUCCUCCAGAUCUUUAUUGUUGCUGUUACGGUUAUUGUUGUCGCUGUGCCAGAAGGAUUGCCUCUGGCUGUCACUUUGGCACUGGCUUUUGCUACGACACGUAUGUUAAAGGAUAACAACCUGGUCCGUCUGCUGCGAGCUUGCGAGACCAUGGGUAACGCAACCACUAUUUGCUCUGACAAGACCGGAACGCUCACGGAGAACAAAAUGUCCGCUGUGUCCGCGACUUUGGGAACCAAGUUGAAGUUUGGAGAAAAGUCUCAGAAGGACGGACUCAGCGCCGACAAUGCAGCCAACGAUCUGCAGAGUGCGAGCGGAUUACCUAGUGACAUGUCCCCUUCGGAAUUUGCAUCCAGCAUUUCCGGUCCCGCCAAGGAGCUUUUGCUGCAAUCCAUCGUGCUAAACUCUACCGCUUUCGAGGGCGACCACGAAGACGGAGGAACGACCUUUGUUGGAUCCAAGACAGAGACUGCUUUGCUUGGGUUUGCGCGGACGUAUCUUGGCAUGGGAUCAUUGGGCGAGGCAAGAUCUAACGCUACGAUUGUGCAAAUGGUUCCGUUCGAUUCGAGCCGCAAAUGCAUGGCCGUGAUUAUAAAGUUAGGCGACGGAAAGUAUCGCAUGUUGGUCAAGGGAGCCUCGGAGGUCUUGGCUUCUAAAGCCACCCGUAUCGUUCGUGAACCGACCAAGGACAUAUCUGAAGCGCCCAUCUCUGAAGAAGACCGUUCGAUAUUGGACAAUAUCAUGAUGAAAUACGCCUCUCGCUCCCUGCGACCCAUCGGAAUGGUGUACCGUGACUACGAACAGUGGCCACCCCGCGGGGCAGCAAUGGAAGAGGACCGUAAGGCCGUUAAAUUCGACGACAUCUUCAAUGACAUGACCAUGUUUGGCAUCUUUGGUAUCCAGGACCCUCUCCGUCCUGGUGUCGCAGAGGCCGUGCAUCAAUGUCAGAAAGCUGGCGUCUUUGUUCGAAUGGUUACAGGUGAUAACCUCAUGACUGCCAAGGCUAUUGCUCAAGAGUGUGGCAUUUUCACCGCAGGAGGUAUCGCUAUCGAAGGUCCCAAGUUCCGCCAGCUCAGCACUCGUCAAAUGAACCAGAUUAUUCCCCGUUUGCAGGUUGUUGCCCGAUCCAGUCCCGAUGACAAAAAAAUUCUGGUUUCCCGACUUAAGGCUCUUGGUGAGACCGUUGCUGUCACAGGUGAUGGUACCAAUGACGCCCAGGCGUUGAAGACGGCUGAUGUCGGUUUCUCGAUGGGUAUCACUGGAACGGAAGUGGCCAAGGAGGCGUCUGAUAUCAUUCUGAUGGAUGACAAUUUUGCUUCCAUUGUCAAGGCUAUGUCUUGGGGUCGUACCGUUAAUGAUGCCGUGAAGAAGUUCUUGCAGUUCCAACUUACGGUCAACAUUACCGCUGUUCUUCUCACCUUCAUCUCCGCAGUUGCUAGCGGUAAUGAGGAGUCUGUCCUUACGGCUGUGCAGCUGUUGUGGGUUAACCUCAUCAUGGAUACCUUUGCUGCUCUUGCGUUGGCAACCGAUCCCCCGUCUCCCCACCUGCUCAACCGCCGCCCCGAACCAAAGUCUGCGCCUCUUAUCAGUCUAUCGAUGUGGAAGAUGAUGAUUGGACAAAGUAUCUAUCAGCUAGUUGUCACGCUUGUCUUGAACUUCGCUGGAAAGUCGAUCUUUGGCUACACGACCGAACACGAAGCGGACCAGCUCGAAACUGUGGUGUUCAACACUUUUGUCUGGAUGCAAAUCUUCAACCAAUGGAAUUCUCGUCGAAUUGAUAACGGUUUCAACAUCUUCGAUGGUAUUUUCCGGAACAGGUGGUUUAUGGGUAUUCAGUUAAUUAUCAUCGGUGGUCAGGUUUUGAUCAUCUUCGUUGGUGGACAAGCCUUUUCGGUUCAGCGUCUCAAUGGUCCCCAGUGGGGUGUUUCCCUUGUUCUGGGUGUGAUAUCUCUCCCGGUUGCAGUCGUUAUCAGGUUGAUUCCGGAUGAGUUCGUUGCUAAACUGAUUCCCACAUUCUGGCGCCGCAAGAAGGGUCCCGAGCUCCUGAUCUCCGAUACAGAAGACCAGAGACGAUUUCAGUGGAACCCAGCCUUGGAGGAAAUCCGUGACCAGCUGAAGUUCAUGAAGACACUCCGCGGAGGUCGCUUACACCACCUGAAGCACAAGCUCCAACACCCACAAGAACUCCUGCCGCGCUCCCGUAGCGGCUCACGAUCUCGCGAAGACUCCAUCCCCAGUACUCCAACUGGCGAAAACGGUAACGGAUCCCUCUCUCCACAACCACCUCCGAGUCCCAGCCCCGAAUCCCGGCGUCGAAACCGCUCUCGCUCCAGCUCCGCCUUUGGCCCCGCCGCCGCGAUGGCUGGUGUUGUGGCCGGCAGUAUUGCUGGCUGGUCGCCCAUUGAGCGUCCACCCGAGGAGACCGAAUCCAUCAAAUUCUCCACCGAUGCGCCGCAUCGCGGACUCGAUCAGCAGCAGGGUAUUGAGAUUCAUCCCGAGACUGCGGCGGAUGACCAGGUCGUAGGCGAAUAUAACGCUACGUCCUCUACGCCACCUAGUCAAAAUCCGGACCUGAUCCCAUUCUUUGAACAUGCGCCUCCACCCGCACGGGCACCGUCGAGCCGGAGCCACAGAUCAAGGUCGAGGUCUAGCCAAGGCUAG